AUGAAGUCUCAAACCAUCGCUUUCCUCGGUCUGUUCGUUUCCACUGCCUUUGCGGUUCCCAAGGUCAAACGACAGGACAUUGGCAAGGAUCAACCGAUUAGUGGUGGCAAGGGCGCACCAAUCUUGGGCGGAACCAACCGAGAGCUCGAUCUUCAGAAUCCUGAUCAAUUCCGCACUUCCAGCACCGACAAUGGCUUUGUGCCCAAUGUCAAAUGGAGCUUCUCUGAAUCGCAGACUAGACUUUUUCCAGGUGGUUGGUCCCGAGAACAAGUAAUCCAGGACCUGCCACAAAGCCAUGAUAUUGCUGGUGCGCAGCAGCACCUGAAGAAGGGAGCUAUUCGCGAGCUACACUGGCAUAGAACGGCCGAGUGGGGAUUCGUUUACAAUGGAUCUCUGCUACUUUCCGGUGUCGACGAGAAUGGUGGAUUCACCACCGAGAAGCUCGAAACAGGAGACAUCUGGUACUUCCCUAAGGGUGUUGCCCACAACGUGCAAGGUUUAGAUGAUGAGAACGAAUAUCUUCUUGCUUUUGAUGACGGUAAUUUUGAGAAAAUUGGAACGACUUUCAUGGUGGACGACUGGAUUGCCCAUACUCCUCGAGAUGUUCUUGCUAAGAACUUUGGAGUUGAUCCUAAAGUCUUCGACAACGUACCCUCAAAGUUCCCCUAUAUCCUUAACGGUACCGUGAGCGAAGACCUUGACAAGGCACCAGAAGGCACCUUGAGGGGUGAUAACUCGUAUGUUUAUCACACUUACAAGCAUCCAUCGGAGCCCGUUCCUGGUCAUGGUGGCACAUUUCGCAAGAUUGAUUCCACCAACUUCCCUAUCUCCAAGACUAUUGCCGCUGCCAUCGUUGAGUUGGAGCCUAAGGGCCUUCGUGAGCUUCACUGGCAUCCCAAUGCUGAGGAAUGGCUCUACUUUCACCAAGGCCAUGCUCGUGCGACCGUGUUCAUUGGUGACUCCAAAGCCCGUACCUUCGACUUUCAAGCUGGCGACACUGCUGCAUUCCCUGACAACAGUGGCCACUACAUUGAAAACACCUCUGAGACUGAGAAGCUUAUCUGGAUUGAGCUGUAUAAGAGCGACCGUGUUGCUGAUAUCUCGUUGGCCCAGUGGCUUGCUCUGACCCCAGCUGAUACUGUUGCCAACGUCUUGAAGAUUGAUAUUGAGGUUGUCAAGCAGAUCAAGAAGGAGAAGCAGAUUCUUGUCCAGGGUAAGAAAUGA